GCUGUCAGGCCACACUUGGCCAUUCAUUAUUUUCAUCCAUUAAAAUAAUUUCCAUCAUGAUGAACAUCCUAUGGGAUUAGGACCAAAAUGGGAAAGAAAAUCUUGAAAAAGUGGUUUUCGGAGUUCGGCUCCUCAUAAGAACAAUAUAUUAAGAAUGAAAAGUUAAAGCUACUGUGGAGAAAAUGGACCCAGCGAGUAAAGUGAGGAGGGAUUGGUCCUUCCAGCCAUGUUACCCAUACCUCACACUAGCUUUCUUUCAUCUUGCUUUUAUAUCCCCCAUUGCAUCAUCAUAGUUAUCUAGAGACUUAGCCAAAGCACGCUGACAACCAUGUGUGGGUUGCCUAAUUACAGUAACCUCAGAUUUGGCCACUUGAUAGUCAAUUUUCUCUUUAUGAAAGAAGGUCUCCUAAUGGUUUAUAUAAUCACCAUCAUCAUUAUUAAUACCUCAAAGGCAACCCCACGCAGAAAUGCUGGGAACUGGUGGGAUAAGACAUGGGUGGGGCCAGCGUGCACCUUUAAAUACCUGUCAUCACAGCACAGGAUCCCCUCUCCAGAGUGUUUCGGCCUGUUCAUCCUCUCCCUUGCACACCAUAAUCUGCUAUCUACUCUAUAUUUAACUUCUGCUCACUUCUCUGGAAGAUUUCAGCCAGCACCAUGACUGAUGAUGAGCUGUCUGCCUUGGUGGUAGAUAAUGGAUCAGGGAUGUGCAAGGCAGGUUUUGGUGGUGACGAUGCACCCCGGGCUGUCUUCCCCUCCAUGGUAGGGCGUCCCCGGCACCAGGGGGUCAUGGUAGGCAUGGGCCAGAAGGACUGCUAUGUGGGGGAUGAGGCUCAGAGCAAGAGAGGCAUCCUGACCCUGAAGUAUCCCAUUGAGCAUGGAGUAGUCACCAACUGGGACGAUAUGGAGAAGAUCUGGCACCACACUUUCUACAACGAGCUCCGUGUGGCACCGGAUGAGCAUCCCAUCCUCCUCACCGAGGCACCCCUCAACCCCAAGAUCAACCGGGAAAAGAUGACUCAGAUCAUGUUUGAGGCCUUCAAUACACCAGCCAUGUAUGUAGCUAUCCAGGCUGUGCUGUCUCUCUAUGCCUCAGGGAGAACCACAGGCAUCGUGAUGGAUUCUGGUGAUGGAGUUACUCACACCGUGCCCAUCUAUGAAGGUUAUGCCCUACCUCAUGCCAUUCUACGUCUAGAUCUGGCUGGCAGAGACCUGACUGACUACCUCAUGAAGAUUCUGACAGAACGAGGCUACAACUUCACCACCACAGCCGAGCGGGAGAUUGUCCGUGAUGUCAAAGAGAAACUGUGCUAUGUGGCCCUGGACUUUGAGCAAGAGAUGGUCAGUGCUUCUGCAUCCUCCUCACUGGAAAGAAGCUAUGAGCUUCCUGAUGGGCAAGUGAUCACCAUUGGGAACGAACGUUUUCGAUGCCCUGAAUCCAUUUUCCAGCCUUCCUUUUUGGGCAUUGAGUCCAGUGGGAUCCAUGAGACAACCUUCAAUUCUAUCAUGAAGUGUGAUGUGGAUAUUCGCAAGGAUCUAUAUGCCAACACUGUCUUGUCUGGAGGCAGCACAAUGUACCCUGGCAUUGCUGACCGAAUGCAGAAGGAAAUCGUAACCCUGGCACCUAGCACAAUGAAAAUCAAGAUCAUAGCUCCCCCAGAGAGGAAGUAUUCUGUUUGGAUUGGGGGUUCCAUUCUGGCCAGCCUGUCUACAUUCCAGCAAAUGUGGAUCAGUAAGCAGGAAUAUGAUGAGGCUGGUCCUCCCAUAGUUCAUAGAAAAUGUUUCUGAAUGGUCUUCCAUGCUAGUAGGUUUACAUUUUUCCCUUCUCUGGGUCACAGUGAUGGUACUG